AUGUCAAACGUUAAACCCAGUAAACCAGGACCACAGGAGGGUCUCAGCUUCUCUUUAACCAAGGCAGUGGAGGAUGUCAGUCAUCACAGCUUCCUCCAGAGUGAGGCCCUGAAAGAGAAGCAGAAGAAACUCAGCUACCUGCAGGCCACUCUCUGUGAUGUUGAGACAAAGGGUGAGAUGGCAGAGCAAGAGCUAAGAUGUAAAGUGAGGGAGACCCUGGUGCUGGAGAGCGACGUGGAGCAUCUGGAGAGACACACUAGAGUCCUGCAUGAUCGCUGUGCAUCCAUCUGCAAAGAAAACACAGAACUCCAGAUUCUUAUAUUCGAGGAGGAGGAGAAUGCUCGCUUGGUGCUGGCAGGGUUCAACACCUACCGAAACAAGAUGGAGGGUCACAGGGCAGCUGUCAUGCAUGCUGCGAGCCAAACUGAGGCCCAUAAAGAGCUGGAGGAGAAGCGAGCACUGGUCAGGAUGUUGAAACAGAAGAAAGAGGAGCUUAAGAAAGACCUGGAGAACUCAAAUGGGAAAACAGCACAUGUGGCAAAGCGAGAAAAUGAAUCUCAGAAGGAGGAGAUCUCUGUGACGAGGAGGAUCAUCGCUGAGAAGACAGAACGGUUACUAAAAGAGUUUCAGACUCAUACCCAGAUGAAGAAAGACAUAGAGAUCCAGAACCGACGCCAUGAUGCCAUCGUUAAACGCCUCCACUGUCAACUGAGCAGAGCCCAGGCUGCCCACAGACAAAUGUCUGAAGACAUCUACCACAUGGAGAUACAGCUCGCUGAGCUCAAGAGGCAGCAGGAGUCGUCAGAGGAAUCAGUCAGUGGCCACUCAACUAAUUUAUAAUACUCUUUCAUUACUGUGUUACUAUUACUACAUCUGAACAGCAGGGGGCAGCAGUGUUCACUAAAUGUGUUUGACUUUACCACAAAACCCUCACUUAGAUUCUUAUAGACUGUUAGUUUAUUAGUAUAGUGUUUAAUGAGUGAUAUUUUCUAAUUAAAAAUGUGUCAGUGA